AUGGUAUAUAUAGUCCCCCUCAUCAUCUUCAUGGACAACAUUUCCAGCAACAUAUCAAAACAAUGGAACAAACACCACACAAUCUACAUGUCAAUCAUGAACCUCCUACAUGAAAUGCUGGAGAAAGAGUUCUUUGUGCGCUUCAUUAUAUCCUCACCACAUGCCACUCCCAUGGAACUUAUGUGGGCAAUGAAACAGUCCAUUUGUAAUGCAGCUACAUCUGGGGUCACUGCAUGGGAUUGCAAAGACAAUGAAGAAGUGUUAUUGAUCCCAUGUGGGCUUUCCACUGCUGGUGACAACCCAAUGCAAGCAGAAGAAUGUAGUCAUGCAGGAUUGAACUGCAACUACUUCUGCCAGAUGUGUGACAUCAGUGGAACAAAGGAGUACAAAGCUUCUAAGGAUGGCUAUAGCAGCCUGUUUGCAUCAGGCAAUCUUCAAACACCAGAAGGCACUGUUGCAAACAUCUGGGAACAGUUUGAGAUGGUGCUGAAGCCUGGCACUACUGAGAAAAUCAAGAAUUUGAAGCUUCGAAAACGUACAGUCAGCAUUCAAGCAAAGUCCAAAGCUGAAGUCACAGCUGCACUGGAGAGAGAAUUUGAAGAGCUUCUACAAGGUGACAAGCUUGAAGACACCCUCAACCCAUUAUUGGGAAUGAACAGGCUCAACAUGCACAUGGAUAUGCCAAUGGAAAUACUGCACACUGUGCUACUUGGCAUUGUGAAGUAUUUUUGGGGACAAACCAUAUUUUUACUCAACAAAGCGAAGCUUAUGGACAUUUUUCAAACCUGUCUCCAGUCCAUUGACACAGAUAGACUGAAUGCUCCGUACUUGAAUGCAGGAUACAUCUGCCAUUACAAGGGUAGUCUGAUUGGAAAGCACUUCAAGAGCCUGUCACAGGUGAUGCCAUUCAUAAUCUACAACCUUGUCCCUUCAACAGUCCUCAAUGCCUGGACAAUAAUGGGUGAACUCAUUGUAUUCAUCUGGCACAUGAAGAUUCUGAAUACCAAAGCCUAUCUUGUAGGUUAA